UAAGCUCUAGUUGGUCGUCAGCCCGUAUAGCCCUCCAUAUACCAUUGGGACAAGUAAGAACCGAAUGAGAACAAGUGUUGCAGCGUUUACAUGCCAGUGCAAGCGCUGCCGUUGACAGCUGCGGUCACAUCAUGGCCGUAGCCGAUGAUGACCUGCGAAUGCAACGACGAACGGCAACUGACUACAGCUGACAUGAAUGCUACCAAAUGUUACUUUUCUGCAGCAAAAGCAGUUAGUGCACUCAGCCAUGAGCACACCUUUUAUAUCGUUCACUCUCGUCAAGCUAGGUUCGGGCCAUCAAGGAUGUGGCAGCCGCAGAAUGUGGAAUUGGUGCUCCACGCGUUGUCGCUUGCACGCUUGGGGCUCGCACUUUUCAGGCCGGAGCUGGGCGAACGGGAAGGUCAUCCUCGCUAUACCUUCAGGGCCUGCGGACAGGCGGGCUUAGCGCAGGGCCUGCUAGCGCUUCCCAGCCUAUCAACCGCCGUUUACAUCGCCACACGGUCAUGGUGGUGGCAGCAGCUGUCGGUUCUGCUGCUCGCCUCCUCCUUCCAGGCCCUCCUGUGGCUGGCUUGGACAGCCGCCAUUGGCCCCAGGAGAGGAGCAGCAACUGCAGCAGCAGCUAGUACACCUGCCGCUGCUGCCAUCUGCAACGGCAACUGCAACGAUGGCAGCAGCAGUGGUUGCAGCGCGACCGGCACACCAGGCGACGGUCAAAGCAGCGGCAGUGCCGAGCACCGCCCCAGCUGGCGCAACAGCCUCCUCGCCCUCCUCCCCGUUAAACCCAUCCUCCUCCCGGCUGACGCAUACCUGUCCAGCAAAGCCUGGACCAACACUAGCAGCAGGAGGAAGCCCUCGGCCGCCUCCGCCGCAACACGGGAAGCAAUGGCGGUAGCAGCAGCAACCAACACAGUUGCGCCAGCCCUGGACCUCUUCGCCACGCACUUCCUCCUAGCGUUCGCAGCCCUCUCUUGCAUCACCUCCGCCCUCGGCUCCCUCCGUCUCGCCUCCCAGCCACCGCCUGCCACCAGCCCCCAACUGCUGCUGCCGGGAAGCGUUUUCGAGCUGCCACGCGACAUCACCACUUCCGUUUGGAUCCUAACUGUCACCCUGCUGCUGGGAACGGUCCCCUCCCUAGAUCGCCUUGCCUCCGCC